AUGGUACUACAAGAUAAACCUGUUAAUGGUAGACGAAACGUGGCUAACAUGACUCUAGACAAUGAUUUAAUCGUGGUAUCAUUUAGCUCACUUGUUGCUAUUCUUAAUCAAAAUAAACUGACUAAAUCCAACUAUGUUGACAGGAAAAGAAAUUUGGACAUUGUUCUUACUGUUGAAGAGCACAAGUAUGUGCUUAGUCAACCAUGUCCUAACUUUCCAUCAUUAGAUGCUCAUCCUGAGGGAAAACAGCGAUAUGAUCGUUGGCAGAAAUCUAAUGAGAUGGCCAAGUGCUAUAUCCUAGCAUUUAUUUCAAAUGUUCUACAUCAUCAAAUGAAGGAUGUAGAACUAGCUUCGGACAUAAUGCUAAGUCUGAAGCAGAUGUUUGGUGAGCAAGGCCAUUCUGCACGGUAA